CGGUACCACAACCAAAUGGCUGAGCCUCCCUGGCCGGCUGCGCAGCCCGCCCAUUGGUCCCUUCCCCCCCGCCUCCGCCACCAUUCGUUGUUGCCCGGAGACCCUCGGCAGCGAUUGGCUAAGGCCGCUGCCACUCGUCCGCGGAGCCGCCGAUCCCGCCUCCACGGUGAUCAGGUGAAAGAGCUCGUCCUGGACAAUUGUCGGUCAAAUGAAGGCAAGAUUGAAGGCCUCACAGAUGAAUUUGAAGAACUGGAGUUCUUGAGUACAAUCAAUGUAGGCCUCACCUCAGUCGCAAACUUACCAAAGUUAAACAAACUUAAGAAGCUUGAACUAAGUGAUAACAGAAUCUCAGGGGGCCUGGAAGUAUUGGCAGAAAAGUGUCCGAACCUCACACAUCUAAAUUUAAGUGGCAACAAAAUUAAAGACCUCAGCACAGUAGAGCCACUGAAAAAGUUAGAAAACCUCAAGAGCUUAGACCUUUUCAAUUGCGAGGUGACCAACCUGAAUGACUACCGAGAAAACGUGUUCAAGCUCCUUCCACAGCUCACGUAUCUCGAUGGCUACGACCGGGACGACAAGGAGGCCUCUGACUCAGACGCUGAGGGCUACGUGGAGGGCCUGGACGACGACGAGGAGGAUGAGGAUGAGGAAGAGUAUGAUGAAGAUGCUCAGGUAGUGGAAGACGAGGAGGAUGAGGAGGAGGAGGAGGAAGGUGAAGAGGAGGAUGUGAGUGGAGAGGAAGAGGAGGAUGAGGAAGGUUAUAACGAUGGGGAAGUAGACGAUGAAGAAGAUGAAGAGGAGCCUGGUGAAGAAGAAAGGGGUCAGAAGCGAAAACGAGAACCUGAAGACGAGGGAGAAGAUGAUGACUAAGUGGAAUAACCUAUUUUGAAAAAUUCCUAUUGUGAUUUGACUGUUUUUACCCGUACCCCCCCAAAUCCUGCCCCCUGAAACUUAUUUUUUUCUGAUUGUAACGUUGCUGUGGGAACGAGAGGGGAAACGUGUACUGGGGGUUGUGGGGGGAGGGAGGGUGGGAGGGGGUGGAAUAAAAUACUAUUUUUACUGCCACUCUUUAUUUUUUUUCCCCUACUUUUUCUUUGUGUCUGGUUUUGUCCCUGUAAAUGCGAUAGCUGAGUACCCACAAGUGAGCGUUUGUUCUGUGCCCUCAGAGAGGAUGGUUGGAGAUCUCUUACCUUUCUUGGUAUUUCUGAGUCUCUUGAGUUGGAAGGCCAUGGCUGGCCUCAGUUUGGUUUCUCAAAGCCCAGGAGGGGCUGAGCACCAGCCGCAUCUUACCUCUUGUUCUGGUUCCCAUGAUUUCUGAAUUUCUUGGACUUGCUAGAAGCAGUCAGCGCCCUGGUUUGUAAAUAGCAACCUGAAGGCGUAUUUUGGCACCGGUCGGGGGACCCUUCCCGUCUCCCAUCCCCUUUCCCUCUUUGCAGAUGGUGGUGGGCUUCGCUCUCCGAAGAAGACCCUGAUGUCACUCUUGAGUUGAUGAGCCAGAGAGCUGAGGACAGCAGGCUUCUGAGUUAGGAGUAAAAUGGAUUUGGUAAUUAGAAUCAAAUGAGAAGAAGCAAACCCUCAAACUUCAACCUCUGAUAUUUUUUAAAAAGCUGUCCUAUAUCUUGUUCUGUAAAAUAGUAGAACGCUUUGUUUUACAAAAUGACAAGAGAAUUCUUGUACGUGUCCUCCUGUGCUUAGACCAUUUUUACAAACCUAAGCACAGGAGACGCUGCUGCAUGUCAGCUGGGUUCUGUUUUUGUUUUUUUCUUUUUUUUUUCAUACACCUGAGCACGGAAAAACUAACGCAAAAUUGUAUUUUCUUACCUAGUGGAAACCUGAAAUGACUGCAAAUUCCUAGUGAAUGUACAGGUUUGCUUUCCUGUCCCUCUUCUGGAUUGCUUUUGAAGUGACGUGCGAUUUCCCUAGCCCGUGUUUCAUCUGUAUAAAAGACAUCUGCACCAGUUUUCCUCCCCCUCAGAAGAGCCAAACUUUGAGUUUUAUGUCUGUUUGUCAUUGAUAAAUUUCAAUAAAUCUUUUUAUACAA